GCCUGGCUUUUCUUUCCUUGCAAUUCCUUGUUAAACUCGCACCAAAUUAAGAAUCUUUUAUACUGUCAAAAUGGCGGAACUUUCACAGGGAGAUCGCGACAUUAUCAAGAACCAUCCUCUAACUGACUCAGUCAAUAGUUUACAAGGCAUGCUUCAGGAGGCUGAAAAAAUCUAUGAGUCACAUCUAAUUUCCUACAAUGGCGCUGUUGAUAACCUUGACCAACUCUAUCAAAAUGUGAUUUCAAAACUUGUCUAUACUUUACAGGGAGAGGGUGCAGCCUACAACCUUCCCUCACGGAUCAAUGAAGGGGAUGUGGCAUCUGAUCUAGCACAAUUAUUCGAGCGCCUCCGAAAGGCAAAAGGAAACUUCAGAUUCAAUGACUACCAGCCACUGGUGCACCUGGUUAUUCAAAGACCUCCCACUGAAUCUCAGAAUGUUGAAACCUGGAGCUUCAAUGUCUGGAAAGCUGUAUUUACCCUCAUUGACACCAUCCCUCGAACAACACCACCAGCGAGCGUCCCCCCUUCCUACGAUGGCACACCAGUCAAAUCCACAUCAUCAUCACAGAAAGGCUCUGAGCAGACAUGUGACUUAGUGAAUCCAAGAAUCUUUGAGGAGAUACGUGGCUGCAUCUUUCGAGAUGUUGAGGGCUUCUUCAACAAGUACUUUGUGGGAAAAGACUGGAGCAGCAAAGCAGAUGCCAUCUGUCAACGUGUGCUGGCCUCAGACAGUGAUGGGAAUUGGGCCCAGUUUCCUGAUCCUCCUACAGAGGACAAUGUCCUUGCCUGGUGGUUUCAUCUUCAAGAAGAUCUUCUCUUAGAAUCACAUAGCGUCUACUACACCACAGCAAGCAAAGCAGAUCUUACUGGUUCAAAUGCAGAACGGCAAGUUGACCUUCUUUUAAGAGCUAGGGAUGAAAGCUCUUUGCAAAACAAACACAACUGGAGAGACAUUCUGGUAGUUGGUGAGCUCAAAAAAUCCAAGGAGGAGAUCAGGACUAAAGGCACCCUGCUUCAGAUAAGCCGCUAUGUGCGUGAGGUCUUUGCUGCCCAGCCCACCCGGCGGUUUGUCCACGCGUUCACUGUCUGUGGGACCAAGAUGGAGGCAUGGGUGUUUGACCGCUCAGGCCCCUAUAGCUCAGGCAUCAUUGAUGUCUACACAGACUCAAGAUGGUUCUUUCAGAUGCUUGUGGGCUACACCAUGAUGAGUGAUGAGGAACUGGGACUGGACACCUUUAUUGCUAGCAAUGAAGGUGGCAGCAAAUCAAUAACUGUCAAAGGGCCUGGGACCUCGGAGGAAAAGGUGCUACAGCUGGGUGAAAUGCUUUCCUUUCAGAGUGCCAUCGUGUGCCGCGGGACAACAUGUUUUCUCGCAAAUGAUGGACAAGUGGAGGGUGUAGCCAAAUUCUCGUGGGUGUCAGACAAGCGGCGGCCGGAGGCGGAGCUCCUUGAGCUAGCAGGUCAAAAAAAUGUCCAAGGGGUUGCCAGGAUCAUUGGCCAUAGUGCCAUCACUAGUAUCGCCGACAUACGCUGCGGCCUGACCUUCGACGACAAGCGACACGACUUCAAGAGCGCGGCCUCCUCAUUUCAUCAAUCUCAGCCACUCACCGAGCUCCGUAGCUUAGGGCGAAAGUCGUCUUCCAGGAAACGCAGAUCUCCGGAUAAAGGGAUGCAGGCAUCCAAACGAUCGCGCUCCAUCAAUCAACCGUCAAGGGACACCCAGCAGGACAAUGAACUAGCUUUCUCCAUUCAGUCAGUGCACAAGCCAAGCCUCUUCGACAGGAAUGAUGAGGAAGCCUAUGACAACCGUGUCCUCCGCUGUCUUAUGAUAUCGCCUGCUGGCCGGCUGAUCUAUGACUAUAAAUCACCCUUGGAGCUGCUCAUGACACUUCGCGAUGCUAUAAAGGCGCACCGGUCUCUUUAUCUGGAUGGGAAUAUCCUUCAUCGGGAUAUUUCAGAGAACAAUAUAAUAAUAACCAAUCCAGGCAAGACAGACGGUCACUCGGGUAUGCUAAUUGAUUUGGAUCUUGCCAAAGAAGUUGGGAGCGGGCGAAGUGGUGCGCGGCACCAGACUGGCACAAUGGAGUUCAUGGCAAUUGAGGUGCUGCUUAAUAUCGACCAUACCUAUCGACAUGAUCUUGAGUCAUUUUUCUACGUGCUUAUCUGGCAGUGCGCCCGUCACGGCUGGGAAAAAUUCAAGCAAUUGCAGAAGUUAUAUCAGCUAUGUAUCUGGCCAGAAGAUAAUAUGCUACAGAAAUGGUGCAUGGAAAGUCAUGAGAAAAUUGCAAACCUCAAACAAGAUAACAUGGAAACUGGUGAAUUUGAGCGCAUCUUAAUGAAUAAAUUUUCUCCACCAAAAGACAGUAUGCUGAAGGAGUGGUACACUGGAACUUACAAAAAAAUUGCAAGAAGCAAGCGAACCGAUAUGGGUGCAGAUGGGCUUGAGGAUAUUUUGACUGAGUUUCCUCCAGCAUUUGAGUUUGCCAAACCGCUUUGCAGAGCUAUACGAGACAUUCUUUUUCCGUACGGGGACAGAGGAAUUAUCAUUGGCACCCCGCAAGAUCCGAAGCAUUUAUAUAAUCCUGUUAUCAAGGCAUAUGAUGAUGCGAUCGCCAAAAUCAAAUCUUGAGUGUGAUGAAUUGAGCACAAGAGCCAGAAUUCCCCGGUAGAGGAGGCUCAACAGGCGGGACUUCUCGGUAGUAAUGUGAGCUACCAUUGGGUCAGGAGUUGCCGAAGGAAAGCACUUUGAUUGGGGAUUGCCGCCCAAGAGGCACCAAAAGGCCAGAAUAUAGAAUCCUCGCUUGUAUGCAGCAUGUAUGCUAGUGGGACUGGAUAUACUCAUCCGCACACUUCGGUCUGGGAUCGCUGCUCAAAGAGAACACCCGUGUUGAAGGAAACCCUUCAAGGAGCACCAGGAGGCAGGAACAUAAGACCCUCGCUGGUAUUCAAUGUGUACACUAGUGAAACUGGAUAUCUAUAAAAGGUUCCUUUCUUUCCCCAGCUUAGUAUAGUUUCAUAGUUAGUAUUCAAUAGAAUGAGCACUUCUACAGAUAUUGCAAUUGAAUCUUGAGAGUAAUUUUAUCUAGUGUAUUUAUACAAAAUAUAUUCAGUCAAGCGCUCCACCACGAACUCGCUCAAUUUUUCGAAUAAGAACCCGCCGAUAGAUCCAUCGAAAAGCCCUCGAUCAUAUGAGCAUUUUGACCCCAUCGCCGACUGCAUACCCCGUGUGGUGAUGGAGUUAUCCAGCCAAAUGUGAACCAGA